AGCUUCAGCGUCACAUCUAUUUGGUUCAGGCACUCCCGCGGCCCGCCCUACAGUCCAUGAACGUUUCACUAGGCGGAGUUUGGGGUCCUUCAAUCUCUCUUUCCGCAGCACCCGCCAUCUUGUCGAGACCGGGGUAAUCAGUCACCAUGACGAACACCAGAGGCAAGAGGAGGGGGACCCGGUACAUGUUCAGCAGGCAAUUCCGCAAGCAUGGCCCAAUUCCCCUGUCAACAUACAUGCGCAUCUACAAGAAGGGCGACAUCGUUGACAUCAAGGGCACAGGCACCAUCCAGAAAGGAAUGCCCCACAAGUGUUACCAUGGCAAGACAGGACGUGUGUACAAUGUAACCCAGCACGCUGUCGGCAUUAUUGUCAACAAGCAGGUUAAGGGCAGGAUCCUGGCCAAGAGGAUCAACGUGCGCAUUGAGCACGUGAAGCACUCAAAGAGCAGAGACAGUUUCCUGCAGCGCGUCAAAGAGAACGAGGCCAAAAAGAAGGAGGCCAAGGUGAACGGCACCUGGGUGGACCUGAAGCGUCAGCCCGCUCCUCCUCGUGAUGCUCACUUUGUCAGCACCAAGAACAACCAGCCUCAGCUGCUGGAGCCCAUCCCCUAUGAGUUCAUGGCAUAAAGUGCUCACCCGAAUAAAAAAAUCUUUGUACACAC